UGAAUGAAUAAAUAGGAAAAUGAAUACAUAUAUUUCAGUAAUUAGGUUUAAUUCUUUUUCUCAUCUGAUAGUUUGGCUAUGGCUACAAAGGAGCUACUUUUCAUCGUGUGAUAAGCAAUUUUAUGAUACAAGGUGAGCUGAAACACCUGCAGUUUCCUCAGUCCUUAUCUCUCAAUAUUGUUGAUGAAUCUUUGCUCGUCGUUAAAGUCAUCUCGCAGGCGCUCUUUGGGUUGUCACGCAACGCUGCUGUACUUUGGAGGGAACAAUUACUCUUUUCAAAGUCGAUCACUUCUCUUUUUUUGAAGGGGUGGGUGGGUAAAGUAAAUUAUCACUUAUAAGGGAAGCAGAGGGGGACGGGGCCUGUUUCCGUUCCUGAAAAUUCAUGCAUCGUGAGUAUAUUACACAGUUUAUCACGUGUCACGAAUUUAAAAGAGAAAACAUCAAAUCUCACUUUAACUUGCCUUUAUGUAAAAUUCACGCGACACGUAUUUACUUUGGGCUUAAUCAAGCGUCACGAAUAAAUCCUUUGCCACUCUCAGUUGUACAAAAAUGUUAUUAUUAAUAUUAUUAUUAUUAUCAUUGCUAUUGAUUUUAUUAAUAUUUUACUUUCAAAAUCAAAGCUAGUUUUCUAGUUUUCUAGAACCACCUUAACUUACUAGCCAGUUAUAGGCGCAAUCAAAACUGAAAAGGAUGAAUUGAAUAUUUCUAAACCCAAUGGACUUCUAGACCUAGAGACACGGUUAAAAAAAGACCUCUAUUGCUUUCCCUCUCUCUCUCUCAUGUAUCUUGUUAUGAUGUAACAAACCUCUUCUUUGUUCAUGUCACAUGACGCAUGGGUGCAUCAGUCACGCAUCUACAUGUAGCCACCUUCUCUCAAUUUUGCUUACGUUAAGUGACUUACUUGGCUUACCAGUUACGGCAGUAGUCAAAACCUACAGUGACGACUUAAAAUACUCAAUCAAGACGUGUCAUCCGAGCCGUUCCAUGUGGUGGUCCAUUUUGGAAGAUUAACACCGAGAUUUCACAGUUACGCCGGCCCCGUGACGUGUUGGAUUGAGUCCGUGCGAAUUGUUAUGGCAACUGGCCUGAGAAACAGUAACAUUUCUCUGGGUGUCAUUUCGUUUCCAGUAUGUCUUGUCCUCAUCUCGGCCGAGUGGUACUUUGUACUAAUAUGAUUGACACGAAAAUCUUUUACAGAUUAUUAUUUACGCGCACUUUGUUUUGGAUUAAAAUGGUUGCCACGGUAACCCAGGUAAGCCUCUUGACUCUGAAAAAUAUGUUAUCAUGAAUCCCUACCUUGUCGGUUUUUCCUGAGCGUACUUAUUUGUUAUUCUGUUGUGCUGUUACAGGAGGAGACUUCUCCAACAGAGACGGAUCUGGAUGUAAGUCAAUUAACUUGAGCCUUGUAACAAACCUCAGUCGAAUUCUAGAAAAUUUGAAAAGUAGCACGUCAUAAAUAUUCUAGGUAAAGUCGAAAAGGACAAUGGCCUUGUACAUGGAUGCUUUUGAAAGCUGGUCUCUUGCAGCUGCAGUGUGUUUAAAUACUUUAAACAUCAGUCAAGGAAGCUAUUGUCCUGGUUGCCAUACGAAAUUCUGAGUUAAUUCAGGAUUAAACUGUCAACAAAGCUACUAAUCAAUCAAUCAAUAAAACGAGUGAUUGAUAGAUUGACCCAUCGUUCAGUCAACCAGUCGGUUUGUAAGUCAAUGUGUCAGUUAAUCAUCCAAUAGCCUGUUUUUCUGUUUGUGUGUCCAUCAGUCAGUCAGUAAGUCAGCCUGUCAGUCAAUCAGUCAGCCAGUCAGCCAGUCAGCCAGUCAGCCAGUCUGUCAAUCAAACUUUAAUCAUACAAUCGGACCUCAAGAGUCGUAGGUUUUCCACAGAGUAAACAGAGUUUGCAUGUGUAGUAUUUUAACUUUUGAAUUUUGAUGUUUUCAGCUAAGAGCAUCUAUGGCAAGUACUUUGAUGACGAGAAUUUUAUCCUGAAGCAUUAUGGGCCGGGUUGGGUGUGUAUGGCGAACGCCGGCAAAGACACCAACGGCUCACAAUUUUACAUCACAACUAUUAGGACGUCGUGGCUGGAUGGCAAGCACACGUGUUUUGGAAAAGUUCUGCAAGGAAUGGUAAGUUUAUCUUUAUAAUUUUGCUGACCGCGCGCUUUUGGUCACAAACUUGAUACCAAGACAAAAUACAAAGUACGCAUGACAGCAUACAGAUGGAUCAAUCAUAUGGAGAUAAGAGCGUUAAGAUUCUAAGUUCAGAGGUUGACUAAUAGAGAGAUUUAAUUCAAUUUCUAAGGUUUUCGUCUUUUGAGGUUAAAGAGGUUAAACAUCAGGGUUGAAGAGUAAAACUUUCGAUACGAGGUCUUUAGUUAGCCUUUUAUAAUACUUUUUUGUGCUAUCCCAGCUUAUUUAGGGUUUAAGUGUCUUAAGGAAAACGAAAGGAAAUGAAAUGACUGAAUCAAUGAAUGAAAGUUUGCACCCCCUUCCUCCAUCAAAAAAUGCUGGGAUCAGCCUUCACUGUGGCAUAAGGUGGGAACGUAGGGGCAUUAUAUUCAUAUAACAUCUUUCUUACUCAAGCGGGAUCUUUGAACUCACCAUUAGGUUUCCUUGGGAUGACUGUUCUAUUUGCUUGGUGUUUACUCAAUGUGAACACAUUGAUUAAUUUACACAAGGUUGCGGAAAUUUUUCUGAAAGGGCUUUCUUGUCUCCUGACUCGCUGUAUUUUCUCCAGCAUGAGAUAAAUAUUAGUAUACUUAGAAGAACGCGUUCGCACAUUUCCCUGGUGUCAGAUUUAUCAAAAAAAUUUUACAUACCGAUUGUUGGUAAUGGAUAAUCCUCCGCUCUCUCCUAAUAGAAAGUUGUCAAACACAUUGAAGGACUCAAUACUGACGAAAAAGAUCAUCCAGAUCAGACGGUGGUCAUUUCUGAUUCUGGUCUCGAGGAAGGUUUCAACUGGCCUUUUACAGUUUCCAAGACGGGUGUGACUGUGUAGUGGGGCUGUUCAGUGUUUCAUGGUUUGCAUUUAGAAAUUUCAGGUUUUUUAGCCUAUUUUUAAGAAAGUGGCGCAUGUAUCAGCUACGUAAAAGUAUAGAGGUGAGAGACAUUCACGUCUCGGCUCGAAAAAUUAAAAGAGACACCGUAACACCAUGUAUUUCUGAAAGCUUAAUAAAAUGUUCCACAACAUCCUAUUACCAGGAAAACUUCACACUUCCUUUAGUUUAACUUAUCUUGGUUUGUUCUUAAAAAGGAUAGGACGAAAAUCUUAGUGAAGAAACUAUUUUCAUCGGAAAAAAAAUGAAAAAAAAAAAAAAAGAAAAAUUGAAAUUAAAACUAAUGAAUUUAUGCCCAGAAUAUCGGUUGAAGCUUUAUCUGACCAUAAUGAUUUUAGCUGUAACUUACAAAAAUCUUUAAUGGUUUAAUUUUGGAUUGCGAGUUUAUCUUACGAGACUAUAAGGAUUGUGAUUUACCAGUAAUAUCACUUUUUUAACCCUAGUUUCGUGUCUGCUGUCCUUGACUUCGAUCUAGUUCUGUUGAAAAAUUAGAUUAGUCACAAGUAGUUUAUUAUGGGUGCUUCAGAGGGAGAGACAGUAGAGACUAAGGGUACCGGGCUGGGGGAACACCUGUUUGUAGGGGUUAAAAACCGAGAGACCUGUCGUCGCUAAUGCUGAGAUUGCUGUCAACAAAAGAUAUGUCGCCUGAUACUUUUCACCAGCGAACUGACUGUUAAAAAUACCCCUUCAUGUUACCUUGACAGAACCUGUCACACGUGUCAUUAAAAAUUAAUACUUUUUAUUCUUAUCUCUGCCUCUUUGUCGUUUGCUUCUUAAAAGGCGAGAGCAUUCGAUUUUGUAGUUAGUUUUCAACCAUGAUUUUGCGAGGGCUAUUGAUCUAUGUGCUUUUCAAUGCUGUAAAAGCCGAGUCUGAGACGACGGUAACUCGCAAAGUGUUUUUCGAUGUUUCCGAGGGAGGACAACCUAUAGGAAGAAUUGUACUUGGUUUAUUUGGGAACACAGCUCCUAAAACCGUCACCAAUUUUGUAUCUCUCGCUGGAAAUGAGGUUUGUUCAAAAACGAUAUUUUUAAAAUAUUUUAUUAUGAAGUUACUUCCGUCAGUAGUUAACAUUCGUGCAGGGUUGGAUAUAUUUUCUUUCCAUCGUCAGUUGCAUAGAAAUAUUAUCGUCGACUAAAGCGAUCAGGCACGGAACCCUUGCAGUGAAUGACAGCAACAUGAUCAUGUAAUACCUUUAUAUUUGAUAACUGAAUAUCAUAAUGCGAGCCAAGUAGAGUUUUAAUUCAAUAAUAUAAAGCUUAAAAAAAAUUUUUUUUCCUAGGGUAACAUAACUCUCUAAACAAUCUUUAUUCUGUGUUUUGAAAUAAGUUGUUGACGUUAUGUGAUGUUUAUGAAAUAAGUAAGACACUAUGAGCGCUUUGAUAUUGUCAAAAACCUCUCUUUUUUUGCAUUGAUAAACCCAUGUUUAGUUUAUGAAGCAAUAGACUACAUUUUAUAUCGGUUUAACGGUGUAGUGACCCACGCGAGAUGUUGGGAGAAUACGAGAUUCGACUAGUGAUUUACAAACUUUUCGUUUUAGCGUUUAAGCGUCAAAGCGUUUAAUUACUUGGUUGCAUACAAAAUAUCUUUUCGCGACGUUAAUCAAUGGUAUGUUUUGUCGUGCGCUUUCAGGCGAUUUUGUUUCGUUAUACUAGAGCCAAACUAAUUGGCUUUAACAAUCAGAACUAAUGUAAAUUUACGACCCUGAAACACUUGCUGGUUCACAAAUCACACUUGUUUCCACGGAAGACUAUUUCAAAACACACAAACUCAAAUGUCUCGUGCACAUGGACCCUAGAAACGCACAUUACUGUCAGUCAACACCUAGCAACUUAUGUAACGCGAUUUACGGUACAAUAAACGAACAAAACACAAAACUGGAAGCGGGAGGCACAACAAAUGUCAACAUCAAAAGGAGGUAUCAAGGGUUCAAAAUGAAUUAAGCAACUUCAGGCGCAAGAAAACGCCGAUGUUUAGGUAUUAUGGGCUGUUGUAGAGCGAGUUAUGUCAACCAAUUAAAGAGAGCAGUGAAGAAAAGGGUUACUUCCGGUACUCAAUUCCAAACUGCUUUGGUAUUCAAGAAUUAACUUUACUAUAUAAACUUUCAACUUUAUUUUCAGUAUGGUUAUGGCUACAAGGGCAGUACUUUCCACCGAGUGAUUAAAAACUUUAUGAUCCAAGGUUUGUCAACACAUUUGCAAUCAGAAAAGUGUCGAGAUUCGGCAACAAUGUCUAUUUCUUCUAUAAUUGAUGGCAGAAUAUCUGUCUUGAUGAAUAACUUUUUAAAGUUAAGUUGUAAAGUCCUCGAUAAUUGAGAAUUAAGAGAGAAAUGUUUAACCAAAAGUUCGAAGCACCUUUUUUUUCUUUUUUUUAAUUUGAAAUUAGUGGGAGAAUGCGUUCAAAAAUUGAAGAUGGUUACAUUUUACGGUAAACAAACCAUAACUGGGACAACUGACUCAAACACUUACAUGGUAAACUAUCAGACUCGAUCCCAGUCCUUCUAGAGAGGUUUUGAAGAGAGCUCAUAGCAUCAAGAGAUGGAUACAUUUUUUUAGUUUAUUCAAACCUUUAAGCGCACCCUGCAAUUAUCACCAGAAUAUUCCUCUCUAGUGUUAAAUUGCUUUUAAACAUCACAUACUGAUUUGUGAUUAGCGGUCGUUGGUGACCUCUGUCACAAGAGUAUCGUUUAGUUGAAUGAAAACUUCUGUCGAUACACGUGGGAAAGUGUUUUCGGACUUGUGCUAACAUAAGAGAGAGCAUGCGUUAAAUUCCUUGUGACAUGAACAAAGAAGAGACUGAUCUUUCACGGUGUCCUUUUCACAGAAUUGAAGACUUCUGAUCUAAAAUCUUCACUUCCAUUAAGCUAUUAAAAAAAAGAUCAACGAAGAGAUCAUCAAUAAAUCUCUGUCAUGCUUUUCCCUUAAAGUAACACUUUGUCAAAUUGUCGCUUGAAAUCCGCAUCAAAAAACUAUCCAGGAACAUCUGAUAGAUGUUCAAUUAAUGACGACAUCCGAGAGUCCCCAUAAUUGUUUUGCUUCUUUUUUCUACCAGGGGGAGAUUUCACUAAGGGCGAUGGCACAGGAGGUAGGUAAAAAUUCCUACUCGCUGAUGAUCCGUUCCUUGCUGAUGAACGGAUUGUUUGACUUGUCAACAUAUGUAUACUGACCUGAAAUUCGUAAUCUACGCCAGUGGGUCGUUUUCAGUUCACGUAAUACGAACACAUAUUGGAUUCUCCACUCUGAGUUGAAAGCCCUCACCCUCGAUUCUCCUUCUCCCGAUUUUGUUUCAUGCUUGAGAUAAAAUACUGUCUCUAACCCAUUCAAAAUGUGAAAAUGAUGAAAAUGGACCAAAGACGAAGCGUUAUGGCAUAUGACUUAGUAGGUCUUACCCCCCCUCUCUAAGACAGCUGGAUAAAUAAUUGAGGUCUCUGGAAUACCAAUAACUGGCAAUUUAAAACUCGAGAAACCCCUCUCCUUUUCAAGUAAAUCUUACAAGAGGAGGGUAACCGUUUCGGACAGACAUUGCGGCGUAUAGAUUCCUCCCGGCAAAAGGCGGAGGGAGAGAGUGAAGAUACAAAUAGACACUAAGUUAUUUUCUAUCUGAAGGAAACCGAGUCAGUAAAAACUCAGCACGGUAAUAAUUCAUGUUUUCUUUUCAUCCAGGAUAUAGUAUCUACGGAGACAACUUUAAUGACGAGAACUUUGUUCUAAAGCAUUAUGGUCCCGGCUGGCUAUGUAUGGCGAACGCUGGCAAAGAUACAAAUGGAUCACAAUUUUACAUCACCACUAUCCAGACACCCUGGUUAGAUGGCAGUCAUACUUGCUUCGGAAAGGUCUUGGAAGGAAUGGUAAUCAUAAUUUCAUGUUUCCUCUUGUUAUCAAAUGUCAAGUUCCCCUAAAUUCAUUUAGUGCUCCAAUGAACCUUAUUAUUUUGCGUCAGAAGGCAUUUCCUUUUGUUAAUUUCAAAACUUUCUUGGUCCUUUUUUUUUUUUGCAGGAUGUAGUAAAGAAAAUCGAAGGCGUUCAAACGGGCCAAAACGAUAGGCCAGUUCAGAAAGUAGAGAUUACACAGAGCGGCGUGAUUGAUGUACCGACGCCAUUUGAAGUCGCUAAGGAAGGAGUUAAUGUUUAAAAACUUUUUUUAUUGGUAAUUGUGAAUUGAUUGAUGUUGUUACAAAAUUAAAGGACGAUCCGUUUUCUUU